AUGAGUUCUGCCCUCGGCCCGGAGUUGCCUGAGUUGGCGGCGCUGCGCCCGGGCUCGGGGCUCCCCUCGCCCCACACGCGCGCGGCUCCCGGGUCUGCCGCCCACGCCCGCGCCCGGGGCCGAGCCGGCCGCGCCGACCGAGCCCAUCUCUGCAGCUCCGGUCCCGGCCGUCCGCGGAAAAGGAGGCUUGUCACCCUCGGAGGCGCGCGGCCGUGCGGUCCUCCCGCACUGUCUCGGCGACCCCGGCGGCUCUCCAUGGCGUCUCAUCAGCAAACCCGGAUCCAGGCUUACCUGGAGAAGAACAAGAUCGGUCCCCUGUUUGAGGAACUAAUGACCAAGUUAAUAACCGAGACACCUGACCAACCAAUCCCAUUCCUCAUUGACCAUCUUCAGUCUAAGCAAGGAAGCCGUGGACAGCUUCAAAGAACUUUGUCUGGAUCUGCAGCUCUCUGGGCAGAGAGUGAAACAUCAGUGCCAAGGUCAGUAGAGCACCCUAAAUGGAACUGGAGGACUAAACCAGAAAGCCGUGAUUUUGAUGAACUGAAUCACAUCCUUCAAGAGAGCAAGAAGCUGGGGAAAGCCCUUGAGAAUCUCUCUCGAAGUAUUGCAAUUUCAGAUGAGCUCGAUAAGGAAACAGUGGCUUUUAAUUCUUCCCUCCUGAGGCCCCGGGUGAUUGGAGAAUGGAUUGGUAGAGAAGAAAAUGAUGCGGACCCACUGGCCGCUGAAAUGCUGCAGCCCCCGGUUCCGAGAAGUAAAAAUGACCAAUGGGAAAGCGAAGACAGUGGCUCUAGCCCUGCAGGAAGCUUAAAGAUGGAGCCUAAGACUAAAGGAUUAAAACAGCAGCAACAGCAGCAUAAGAAACUCCUGGCGGCAAUGCUCUCUCAAGAUUCUUUUGAGUCCAUCCACAGCCCCACACCAUCCGUAACGGAAGAAGAUAUUGACAAUGAAGAUGAUGCAAUGGAAUUGCUGGAGGAUCUUAAUGAUUUAAGAAUGGAGGGAGUAACAACCUUGGUACCUUCUGGGAGCAAAUUUAACCAAGGCCGUCCUACUCACCCUGCUGAGCCUCAGGCCAAGGUCACACUGAACAUCUGUUCAAGGUGUGCCAGGCUUCAAGGAGACAACAUGGUAGAAAGGACAGAAGAGACAUUACAAAUACUUCAUUCUCCAGAUGAAACGAUCCCAGAUUCUUUAGAUUCUUUUCCUGGGACUGAAGCUCUAAUGGAGGAGGGUGAAAAGUUUGAGAAGGCAUCUCACUUCACAGGACCUGGAGAAGGCUCUAGUGAAGGACACGCAUUGAAGACCUACAUGGAAGAAGAUGAAUCCUUAAAGCAACUGCAAGUAGUUCAUCAACCAUGGAUCUUACCAAGUGACACAGAAAGUGAAGGGGUAGAAGCAGAACAAGAUAAACGUGAGUAG